GCGCGGAAUUUCCAGAUCAGCUGAGACAGCUGAAACCACAGAACAGAGACCUGUAACUCGACUGUUCAAAGUUCAAGAUAUAUUAUUAUUUCUGCGUGAUGAAAAACAGCUUUCAGCAUUGCACUUUGUUUUUAACACGAUUAAUAUUAAUUAACUCAAUAUGACAAGUUGAUACGGAAUGCUCUGAAGUUUAUAGAUUGAAGAUAUUCGUGAUGUUUCAUAGAUAAAUAAAGUCAUAAAUGUUUUAAGUUAAAUAGAAAUUUAACAGAAACAGAAGUUGAGAGUGUUAAGUAUGGAUCAGCACUGGAUUAUCGUUUAUCUACUAGUAAUAAGUGCACAUUUAUCGCAUCAGAGAUCAACACCAAAUACAACAACUUACAGAGCAGCUGUAGCAGAGUAUCCUCCAAAAUAUUUAACGAACAGCAGUGAAACUUUGAAAGUAAAUUCUGAUGCGUAUGUCAGACUUAUUGCAGAAGCAGCUGGUAAUAAAGCUGAUAUAAUUGUUUUUCCUGAAGAUGGUUUGACAACAAUUCCUUUACCAAUAAGAGAAGAAAUGGGAGAUUGGACAACAGUUAUUCCCAGUGCCUCGGACAAUUACACACCUUGUAAUCAAAAUACUGUUGAAGUCAGCGAGACACUGAGAAAAAUAUCAUGUGCUGCAAGUAAUAAUGAAAUUUAUGUGGUAAUCAAUAUUGCUGAAAAAGCAGCUUGCACUGUCGAACCUUGCCCAAAAGAUAAAGUAUUCUAUUACAAUAGCAACGUUGUAUUCGAUCGCACAGGAAAAAUUAUUGCCAAGUAUCGCAAAACAAAUCUUUUUGGAGAAUACCAGUUUAAUGUAACAGCAGUGCCAGAAGUAGUGAGCUUUGAUACUGAUUUUGGAGUAAAAUUUGGAACUUUUAUAUGUUUUGAUAUUUUAUUCCGCGAACCCGCGUUAAAUUUGACAAGAGAUCAUCAAGUUACUGACAUUGUAUUUCCUACAGCAUGGUUUUCUGAGGCACCAUUCUUAACAGGUGUACAAACGCAAGCAGGAUGGUCCUUUGCUGAAGACGUAAACCUUUUAGCUUCGGGCUAUAACAGACCUGGCUCUGGCAAUGCUGGUAGUGGAAUUUACUUAGGUCGUAAAGGAGUCGGUAUUGCAAUAAUGCCUAUAACUACGCACGAGAAAUUAUUGAUAUAUGAAGUACCCAAAAUAAAGCAUAGAACUAAAUAUAAUAAAAACCACGAUCAUUCAGAAGAUCAAGAACAAAAAGCUGACCAUUACAAUGGAAUGGAACAUAUACACGAUGAAUUACGAAAGCGGGAAGUCAACACAAUGAUGGUUAAUGAUAAAAUAUUAUUGUUACACGACAAUAUUCACGCCUUUGAAACAUUUGCCUUAGAAGAAAGUACCAAGAAAUCAAUCUGCCAGAAUGGCUUCUGCUGCGAAUUUAAAGUAGAAGUAGUAAAAAUAGAUCCAAGUACAAAAUAUCGUUUGGUAGUUUUUAAUGGUAUUCGUCUUUAUGGUACCGUUAAAGCUGGUGUACGUGCAUGCGGCAUAAUUCAAUGCUCGAAUGACUCUGUUUCGUCAUGCGGUUCCGUGGAACAAUCGAAAAUGGUAUUCAACAAUAUUGAAAUUGCGGCAACAUUCCACGAUUAUAAAAACAGUUUAAUUAUGCCCUCUACAUUAAAUCCAAAUUUACUUCCACUCAAAAAUUGGAUAUUUAAUGAACAUGCUCACGAUGAUCAUGUGCACGUUAACAUGAUCUCAAAUAACAAUAUAAGCAAUUUAAUAACAUUUGGAAUAUAUUCAAGAGACUUUAAUAAAAACAAUGCAAAUAGGACAUCCUUUUAUACUAUUAAUUAUGUCAUAGCAUUAUUAGUGACUUUAGUAUCAAGAUUGCAAUUUAUAUAGUUACAUGUGGAAUGCGUUUUCAUAUACGUGUAAAUGCAUCUAUACAUUUUAUACGGCAUAUUUUUCAGAAAUUACUUUCUAUUUCCAUUUAUUUAUUUUAUUUUCAAAAAAUAAUUCAAGAAUUUUUUUCCUAAAUAUUUUCAAUACAAAACAAAUAGAAAAUGAGAUUAAAAGUUUAAAUCGGCAUCUUUUUUUUUGUUAAUCCCAUUAUUAUAGGAUGUGUGUAAAUAUAGACGAUUUUUUCAAUAUUAUAUGUAAUGUUAUAUUUUUGAGAAUUGUAUACAAAUAUAAUAUAUUAGAAUUUGAUGGUACUAA